AUGUCAACUGAUGAUGAUUCGUCCACUGCAUCAUCAUCUGCUUAUAAACCGAGUUCCCAAUCAGAUACGAAUGAGUUUGAGCCGGGCGCUGGACCUUCGAAUCAGAUAGAAAGUGACUCGGAAUCGGAAGAGAACGGAUAUGCUGGUGAGCCAUUAGCCGAUCCAGAAUGGCUGCUCACCCACGAAACUAAACAGGAACAAAAGAGAGAGAUGGAAGAAGAUCUCAAUAAACGACUCACGAAAGCACGAGAUGGCGAAUGGUGUAAAUACGAAAAUUGUAACACGGAAUUCGUAAGAAAUAUUAACGAAUGUUAUUGCUGUACUGAGUUAGAGGGCUGCGUGGAAGCACUGCAAAGCGAUCUUGUUGUACAAGAUUUAGAACCAUGCACUAAACUAAAGUGCGUAACCGAACACCCAGGAUUUGCUCCGGUGUGCCUGGAGAAAUGGAGCCUGAGAAUGGCAGCAAAAAAGUUGCGCCGAAGAGAUAAGGAAACAUACAAGCAGACCGGGACAGAAGAAAGACUGCUCAGGGCUUUAGCCUACAGGGAGUUUACUAGGCUAAUUUAUGGAAUCAUGGGAAGGAAAAUAAUUCCACUACCUGCAUGUGCAUACCAUGCCAUACGCCGGACAUUUCCAAUGGCUGAAGAUGAUGACGGUGCUGGUUUUGAACUAAGAGAUGAUUAA